GGGACUUGGUUCCCCUAGAGAGCACGAGUUGCUGGACCUGAUGGACUUCCGGUUGAAAUCGGAUUUCGCUCUUUCAGCAGUGCAAGAUGGCUGACCAGACGGAGCGUGCAUUUCAAAAACAACCGACGGUUUUCCUGAACCGCAAGAAGGGUGUUGGACCAAAGUCCCGAAAGCCCUCGAGAUACACCCGCAACGUCGGUUUGGGCUUCAAAACCCCACGCGAGGCCAUUGAAGGAACUUACAUCGACAAGAAGUGCCCAUUCACUGGAAAUGUUUCCAUCAGGGGUAGGAUUCUCACUGGAGUCGUGCAGAAGAUGAAGAUGCAGCGGACGAUUGUCAUUCGCAGGGAUUAUCUUCAUUAUAUUAGGAAAUACAACCGAUUCGAGAAGCGACAUCGUAACAUGAGUGUUCAUCUCAGCCCUGCUUUCAGGGAUGUGGAAAUCGGCGAUGUCGUGACGAUCGGCGAAUGCAGACCUCUCAGCAAAACGGUGAGAUUUAAUGUUCUCAAGGUUACCAAAGGAACUGGAUCGAAGAAGAGUUUCAAGAAGUUCUAAAUUCUUCUCAACGACUCAUGCUCCUGGAAACAAUUGAAAAAGCGCUGAUGGGUCACAAUCCACCACCAGCUGGAUCUACUUCUCUGUAAAAAAAAAAAAAAACAAUUUUCUGAA